UUUACACAGGAAGUUCGUAACGCCAAUGCUUGUGUAGUAUGGUGAAACAUAUGAUGUUUUGACGAAGUGGUAACUUACAACCUGAGGAAUAAGAUAUAACACUGUACAGAAUGAAGAGUAGAUUUAGCACAGUCGAUAUUAGCGCAGUGGUCAAGGAACUUCAAAGGUUUCUUGGCAUGCGUGUGGUCAACAUCUAUGAUAUAGACAACAAGACCUACCUCAUCAGACUGGCAAAACCUGAUCAAAAAGUGGUCAUUUUGCUGGAAUCUGGGAUACGCCUUCACAGUACUGAGUUUGACUGGCCUAAAAACCCAGCUCCGUCUGGCUUUUCCAUGAAGAUGAGGAAGCAUCUCAAAGGUCGCCGGUUGGAGUGCAUUCAGCAACUUGGUGUGGACAGAAUUGUUGACUUCCAGUUUGGCUCCAGUGAAGCUGCAUACCAUGUCAUCCUGGAGCUGUAUGAUAGGGGUAACAUUGUCCUGACAGACUAUGAAUAUACAAUCCUCAACAUCCUUCGACCACGCACUGACAACAGUCAAGAUGUCCGCUUUGCUGUGAGGGAGACCUACCCUGUUGAUGUGGCUAAACAACAUGAACUGCCGACAGUGGAGAGGUUGACAGAAAUAAUGUCAAAAGGGAAAGAUGGAGACCCUCUGAAGAAGUUGCUGGUUCCAAAUUUAGACUAUGGCCCAGCUGUACUGGAUCACUGUCUAUUGGGGGCUGGCUUCACAGAGAACUGUAGGAUUGGUAAAGGCUUUGACAUCUCAAAAGACAUGCCCAAGCUGCUGUCAGCUAUAGAAGAGGCUGAGGAAAUGCUGCAGAACUUUCAGCAGGAACAGUGCAAGGGAUACAUCACCCAGAGGAUUGACAAGAAACCCAACCCCAAAGAUGGUGAAAAUGCUGAACUGCUCACGUAUGAGGCUUUCCAUCCUUUUCAUCUCAGACAGGACGAGAAGAAGCCCUUCUUAGAAUUUGCUUCUUUUGACCGGGCUGCUGAUCAGUUUUUCUCUCAGCUGGAGAGCCAGAGACUUGAUAUGAUGACACUCCAACAGGAAAAGACAGCUCUGAAGAAACUUGACAAUGUAAAGAAGGACCAUGACAAACGGCUGAAUGUACUUCAGAAGGAGCAGGAAGUUGAUAUUCUGAAAGGACAGCUAAUUGAAAUGAAUCUACAACUGGUUGACCAGGCCAUCCUGAUUGUCCGAAGUGCACUAGCCAACCAGAUUGACUGGACAGAGAUAUGGAACCUGGUGAAGGAAGCCCAGCUGACCGGUGACCCAGUGGCCGGUGCCAUCAAGUCUCUCAAACUGGACACUAAUCAUGUCACCCUCCUGCUCAAAGAUCCUUAUGUUGGAGACAUUGAAGAUGAGGAGGAGGAGGAGUAUGAGCCUGUUAAACCGAUGAGGAUUGAUAUCGAUCUGUCACUCAGUGCCUAUGCCAACUCCAGGAAAUUCUUUGAUAAGAAAAGACAAGCAGCUAAGAAAGAGCAGAAAACAAUGGAUGCAUCCAAGAAGGCCUUCAAAUCAGCAGAGAAGAAGACAAAGCAGACCCUGAAGGAAGUAGCAACUAUUGCAUCCAUUAACAAGACAAGGAAAACUUACUGGUUUGAGAAGUUCCUGUGGUUCAUCAGCUCCGAGAACUACCUGGUGAUUGGCGGCCGGGAUCAGCAGCAGAAUGAGCUGAUAGUUAAGAGAUAUCUCCGACCAGGUGAUCUAUACGUCCACGCUGAUCUCCACGGUGCCAGCAGCUGUAUCAUCAAGAACCCGACAGGUAUUCCAGUGCCUCCCAAAACUCUGAAUGAAGCAGGAACGAUGGCCAUAUGCAAUAGUGCAGCAUGGGAUGCGAAGGUUGUGACCAGUGCGUGGUACGUCCACCACGAUCAGGUGUCAAAGACAGCACCCUCUGGAGAGUAUCUGACGACUGGUAGCUUCAUGAUCAGAGGGAGGAAGAACUACUUGCCGCCAUCGUAUCUGAUAUAUGGAUUUGGCUUCCUUUUUAAGCUGGAAGAGGACAGUGUAGAUCGCCACCUUGGAGAGAGAAAAGUGCGCACCUUAGAGGAGGAUGAGAUGUCAGUGACAGAUUCUGUUGCAACGGACGUCACAGCUGACGAAUCCAUUAUCAGUGACGAUGAUAGUGACAGUGAUGAUGAAACUGAGAAAACGGGAGUUGAAGUGACUACUGUGGACAGUAAUGAAGAGGGCCAAGAAAACGAGGAACAAGGGGAAGAUGACAAGGAAGAUGACAUGUUGAAGGUGGAGGUGAAGAUAGAGGAGAAGAUAGAGGAAGACACAGAGGAGAAAUCUGGAUCAGCAUUUCCAGAUACGUCCAUCAAUUUACUCCAUGUCAAGGGAGACAAGUAUGAACUACAGCGAGGCUUGAGUACAUCCAGCACGGCAAGUGGUGUAUCAGAGAGUGACAGUCAUGUUGUGUAUCUUGGAGAUAGUCAACCAGUUGUUCGUGGGGAGAAGACAGUACAGACUGGUGCCAAGUUUUCAGCCAAACAACGGAGAGAGCAGCGGAAGGCUCGUAAAGGCAAGAUGCCUCAACAGACCCAGAAAGAUGACGAUGAGGAGGAGGAGGGUGUCUCAUGGAUGAAAUCGGAGGAAGAUCAUUCGGAGUCACAACAGAGCUCACAGAAUUCCGUCUCAAAUAACACUCAGGAAACAUCAUCACAGAGCAGCAACCCCCAAACACAGCAUAAGAGAGGCCAGAAGGGGAAGCAGAGGAAGAUGAAGGAGAAGUACAAGGAUCAGGACGACGAAGAGAGAUCAUUACGCAUGGAAAUUCUUGCUUCUGCUGGAUCUCAGAAAGAAGACAAGAAAAAGAAAGGCAAAAAGGGCAAGGACGUGCAACAGCUAAAGGGAGGGAAGCCUUCAGGGUCACGACCUCAGAGUGGUAAAGGUCAGCCCACAGACAUCCACAAGGUCACACUGCAGACAGGGGAGUUGUCAAUGGAAGAUAAAACCACAGCACAGAAAACACCGACUUCUAGACCUGUAGAUGAUGAUGAUGUUGAUGAAGAGAAGGAAGCAGCACAACAGGCUGAGGACAUCAAGAUCCUCAACUCUCUCACUGGGUGUCCUGUCACAGAGGAUGAGUUGUUGUACGCUAUUCCAGUCUGUGCCCCAUACAACACCCUCACCAACUAUAAAUACAAAGUAAAGCUCCUCCCUGGCAACACCAAGAGAGGAAAAGCUGUGAAAGCUGCUCUUAAUGUUUUCCUUCAUGAUAAAUCUGCUACUUCAAGAGAAAAAGACUUGCUAAGGAUUUUGAAGGAUGACCAGUCACGCAAUAUGCCAGGCAAGGUCAAGGUUGCUGCACCUCAGCUGCAUCGGAAAAAAUGAGAUCACCCAGAAUUCAUCUUUCCUUUCACCCACAUCAGUUGUACAUUUCAUCUUAUCGAUGCUCUUAAGGAGAUUCCUAUUCCCACUUAGUCCAAAACAACCUAUGCUUGUCACAUGAGGUGAUUUAGUGGAUUAGGUGGUAGUGCUGUGUAUUCUGUUGGUUGCAAGUCAGUGUAGCCCCCAACAGCAUGGAUCACAACUUAUAAUAUCAAUCAUUGGUUUGUCUGGUACAGACUCAAUUAUUUACUAGCCACCAUAAUACAGCUGGAAUGUUGCAGAAGGUGGUGUUGGACUACAAAUAGACAGAGACUGUUAUUGUUGCAUAUAUGUUGGUCAAAGGUUAAUAUUGUCCCUCCAUUCCCAAAACCUAUGAAUGAAAGGUGUGUGUCUGGUAAUGGUUAAGUUUUUGUUGAUGAUGUAAUAGUGAAAGCUUCUCUGAUGUUGUUUAAUGUUAAUAUGUUUUGUACAUAAUAAAAGUUUCUGAUGACUCUAGAUGGCUGUCUUGUAUAUACCUGCAUAUACCUGAGUGAAGUAAUAAUCUAAUUGAUUUUGUGAAAUUAACUGUGAUAUAUGAACACACAUGUAGCUCUGUUGGCUCGGGGUUUAAAUCAAUCCAUGUGACUACCUGUAAAACAUUUCAGGUUUCAAACAGGUGGAACAUUUACCAGAAUUUCCACAUGAUGACAUUUGAACAAUGUCAAUGUUGUUGGCUAGGUUGAAAUUUCAUGUUAUUAUUCAUUUUGAAAUAGCAAUGGCUGAUAUGUAGGAUAAUGUACUUGAAACACAGAAUUUCAAAUUUGUCUCUUAUAAAGGCUAGGCCCAAGUUGGCGUUAGCACUCGUCCUUCAAAGAGGACAGAUUGCUCAAUACAAUAGGUUCAAAAUGGACUUGUCCACUUUCUCAGAAGUUAAAAUAGCAUGGCCUUCAGUCAACCCCAGAGUGAGUGAGUGAAAGAGUAUGUACAAACUGAUUUCUUCUAAUAUGAUUUGUGAAUUUUAUGGGAACAAAAUGCCAAAGGUGAAGGGUUUGUAACAUUUAGUUUUAAUAUGAUAUGAAACCCUGAGAUAGUUCUGUUUCCUGAGGAGCUUUAUUUACUACUUACUACUUGCUACUUUCACAAGGAGAGAAAUGUAAGGAUAAGGGCUAAAUAAAGUGCUGAAGUAAG